AUCCCACACGCCUCUGCACAGCCAUUCGGCUCGAGUCGCCCACUUGGGCGAGGCGCCCCUGCGCGGCGCUGCAGGAUCCCCACGCGUUUGAGGCCGGCAGGCAUGGAGAACCUCGCGGGCGGCAAUCUCCCCACCGUCGGCGCGCAGCGGCCAAGGCCAGCGUUGGCAUGGGCGGAGGCACCCGGCGCGGCGCCCGCACCGAGGCCGCCACCGAGCCCCCGCGCGGGCCGCGGGCGCCCCCGCGGCGGCAGGCGCGGGGUGGCCGCGGCGCCCGGGCCCGGAGGCCUCGGGCCCGAGGCGGUCCGCAGGCCCCGGGGGCUCCGGCUGCCCGAGAUCGCGGCCUCCUGGCACCUCGGAGACGCCUCCAAGAUGCAGAGGCUCGUCACGGGCCGAGAGCCCCGCCACGAGCCUCGCCCGGGCGGCGCCGCAGCGGCCCUUCUCGCGGCCCAGCCUCUCGCGGUGCCCCUCCUGCCCGGAGCGGAGCCGGCCGGAGCCGAGGCCGGGAGCGACCAGUCGAGCGACACCGAGUCGGAGAGCGACACCGCCCGCAGGCCGACCGCCCUCGACGACCGCCGCGGGAUCCCUUGCCGCGCGGGCGCGAGCCAGUGGGGCGGCGAGCCUGCGGAGCCCACGCGCGGGGGACAGCAGCCUCUGCUGCCUCCUCGUCCUCCGGAGGAGGCGCCCGCCCGGGCGCGCCCCCGCGGCGCCGGGAGGCCGCUGUCGGCGAGGGGGGGCAGGCGCCCGCGCACGAUCGGCUGAGCCUCGGCUGCUCGUCGGCGGAGGGCGCGGCCAGCCGGGCUUCGCUCUGUCGGCCCACUGCGGGGAGCGGUGUGCCCUGAGGUCCUGGGCGACUCGACUUUUUUGAGAGCCGGGCGUUUUCGUACUUUUUGUGCGGGCCCCAAGGCCCUCAAGGUGGGGUCUGGGGCGAGCUUGAUUUUUUUGGCGAGGCGUACGGUAACUGUUUUCGCAGCGUCGGAUCCUACCUUGCCAUGCAAGCGGCGCAGUGGGCUCAUGGUCGCCGUAGUGCGCAUGUGCUUGCUGGUCCCUGGCACGCUUUGAAGCGAUCUUGUGAUCUCUUCCUCAUGUUCAGGUUUAUUCCAGGUUCUAACCUACGAUCGGUUGUUCCUACUGUACGGCUUGACGACGGUGGGGCCAUCUUGGGCUGGGUGCGGCCCGUGUUGGGCCGUUUGGGGGGCCACAUUAGAAAGGUGGUUCGUAUGAUACGAGAGAGCGUUUUGUUGCGACAGCUGUUCUUAGGACGGCGCGCCUUUUUUAUGCUGGGGCGGAACUUCGCAGUAGAGCCUUGGCGAGAUCGACAGCGUUGUGGAGGCCAUGAACGCAGUAGGUGCAUGGACGCAGUUUUGCAACACAUCCAUACAUCCGACAGGCCUUCCUUGAUGGCGGGCAUCGAUCGGCGGGGUGGUGUGUUGUGACUCGCGGAGCCGCGGUGAGAUCAAUGGCAGGAGUUGGAAUCAGCAGUAGUUCUCAACCAUGCUGUGGUGCAGUGCUGGGUCCUCGU